AUGAAGUUCACUUCCGUCAUUACAGCCCUUCUGUGCGCUGAGACAGCGCUUGGGGCUCGACUGACUGAAAAGCGUCGCGAGAGCCGUGAGGCUCGCCAGCUUGCUCGGCGAUCUUCUCAGUCUGGGGCUUCUCGUUCUUCUCAGCCGAAGAUCGCCUCUGACAAUCUCAUCGAGGGUGUAACCAACCAGAGCAAUGUAGAGUACUCUACUAACUGGGCUGGCGCCGUCUUGAUCGGCACGGGCUAUACCGAGUGGGUCGGCAUCGAUGGUGAUACUUGCCAGACUGCCCUCCUCCAGACCGGAAUUUACUGGUACGUUGAUGACACAAGCGUGUCUUACGACGCUUGGUAUGAAUGGUAUCCGGAUUACGCAUACACCUUCUCAGGUAUCAUCAUCUCCGCGGGUGACUCUAUCCAAAUGACGGUGACGGUCACUUCCAAGACUUCUGGCAGUGCUGUCAUCGAGAACUUGACCACGGGCACCACUGUGACACACACUUUUAGCGGUGUUUCAGACGGUUCUUUGUGCGAGUACAACGCGGAAUGGAUUGUUGAAGACUUCUCAGAAUGUACUUCUUCCGGCGACUGCGAGCUCGUGCCUUUCGCAGAUUUUGGCACCGUUACUUUCACCGAUGCCUCGGCUGUUAAGAGUGGCAGCACUGUCGGAGCGUCUGGAGCCACUAUCAUUGAUAUCGAGCAGGACAGCGAGAUCUUGACUUCCUGCCCUGCUUCCUCCUCGACUAUUGGUGUCCACGGAUGCAAGGUCAAUGUCAAUCGAAUGGCUUACUGGCCAGACUGGCCAGACUGCUCAGGGAUGUGCAUCAAGCUCACGUUUGGCUCUCGUUCUCGAACCGUCCUCCACCUGGACGUCUCAGGAGGAGCCCAUGAUAUCUCUUUCGACACGUACCAGUAUCUUGCGUAUGGGACGUCGGCAACCGCAUCACCCGCCUUCCUGAACCCCGCCGGCGACGGUGCGCUUGCCGUCGACUACGAAGUUGUCGACAUGUCUCAGUGCGCAGACAUCAUCACCUCAGACACGGGCAAGCUAUCUUUCAUGGCACUCAGCCCUAAUCAAGUGAACAAGUGUGUCGGAGAGGGCAGUAACUGGGUGGCUCAGAAUUACGAGUUACGGAACAUCAACGACCCUCAAUGCCAGCGUGGGGUUGACGAGGUCUGCACUUUCGAUACCGUCACAGGCACGUCGAAGUGCCCCACGGCAGUAGGCAGCAAGGUUGAUCUGUUAAGCCCGGCGCAGCCCGUGAUUGAUUUAACAUCUCCGUGUGGAGUGGAGAAGAUUGCUGGUAACCCACCGCCUGCUCCUAAGGAGUGCGCCACUGUCGUCAAAGUUCCAGAGGCCUAG